AUGAACGAUGAUGACGCGCGUAUAGAGAUGGGCACAAAUAACAGUUGGAUCGAUGGCUUCAAACGCGCUGAGCCCAGACCGGGUUAUUUACCUACCGAUGCGCCAGAGCGCUUCUACGAUAUAAGAGCUGCGAAUGCGAAAACGGCGAAUACAGCGCUGGCGAGAGAACUGAAGGGGAGACAUUUACAGAUGAUUGCCUUUGGAGGCGCUAUAGGAACGGGUUUAUUUGUCGCUUCAGGCGGUUCAUUAUACAGAGGCGGCCCAGCGAGCGUGUUAUUAUCAUAUAUCCUCAUCGGCGCGAUGCAGUAUUCUGGGUCGUUCUCGGCGUUUUCAACGCGGUUUUUGGAUCCGUCUUGGGGAUUUGCUAUGGGUUGGAAUUACUGCUUGCAAUGGCUAUUUGUUCUACCCUUGGAAAUAAUCGCUGGUGCCUUUACGAUAGGCUACUGGAACGAAGCCAUUAGCAAAUCAGUCUUUGUGGCUAUAUUUCUGCUUACCAUCGUUGUUAUCAACCUCUUCGGCGUCAAGACAUAUGGAGAAGCCGAAUUCAUUUUCUCUCUUAUUAAAAUCACUGCCAUUGUUGGCUUUAUACUUCUCGCCAUUGUGAUAAACAUUGGUGGUGAGCCAGAAGGCCAUUACAUAGGCGGCAAAUACUGGCGUAACCCCGGCGCCUUCAAAAACGGCUUCAAAGGCUUCUGCAGCGUACUAGUCACAUCAGCCUUCUCCUUCACAGGAACAGAGCUCAUCGGUCUCGCCGCCGCCGAGACAGCCAACCCUCGAAAAUCCCUCCCGACAGCGAUAAAGCAAGUCUUUUGGCGCAUCAUGAUCUUUUACCUUGUGGCGCUUUUGCUCGUAGGCUUGUUGGUGCCCUCUGACGACGGCCGUCUCGUUGGCGGUGAUAAUGUGGCUGAUGCGACGGCCAGUCCGUUUGUUAUUGCCAUUGAAAAGGCGGGUACUUCGAUUUUGCCUGGGAUUAUGAAUGCUGUUAUCUUGAUUGCUGUUGUUAGUGUUGGGAAUUCGGCUGUGUUUGGGUCUUCGAGGACUUUGGCUGCUUUGGCGGAGCAGUCUCAUGCGCCGCAGGUCUUUGCGUACGUCGACCGUCAAGGGCGUCCCCUCAUGGCCAUCCUCUUCGCAUCAUGUAUUGGAUUUCUCGCCUUUCUCGCUGAUGUCGAUUCCCACGACGCCAUCUUCAACUGGCUGUUGUCCAUCAGCGCUUUAAGCACACUCUUUACAUGGGGAAGCAUAUGUCUCUGCCACAUUCGUUUCCGCUCAGCGUGGCAGUAUCAAAACAAACAGGAAGUGGAACAGCUACCGUUUACAUCACACGUGGGAGUCACAGGGUCGUGGUGUGCGUUUAUCGGAUACGUUGGCGUUCUUGCUUCGCAGAUCUGGAUCGCGGCGUCGCCUGUAUAUGUGCCUGACGCCAACACCAGUGGUGUGCAGAAUUUCUUCCUCAAGGUUUUGGCGAUACCGAUAAUCCUGACGUUUUACGUGUGCCACAAGGUUUGGUAUCGGACGAGGAUUGUGAGAGUGGAAGAGAUGGAUGUCGAGACGGGGUGGAGGCUGAGCUCGUUCACUGUUGAUGCUUGGAUAUCACGUGAGAUAGCUCCCGAAAGUUUCGAGGCCAAGCACACUCUCAAGCUUGGUUCAACAGGUUUCCGUUAA